AUGUCUUGGUGGGCACCGGGCCUCUCCCUUGGUGGGGGUGUGCGGCGGGGAGGACUGCAUGGAAAGGUGGACGUCAGGUGGCCACUGCCACUGCUGCUGCUGCAGUUUGUCAGCAGAAGGAAAACGGCAUAUGUGGAGGAGAGGUUGUCUGAUGAGAAGAAGGUGUGUAUAGCAGCAAAAUUCAUCAUUCAUGCCCCUCCUGGAGAAUUUAAUGAGGUGUUUAAUGAUGUUCAGUUACUGCUUAACAAUGAUAAUCUUCUCGGGGAAGGAGUAACCCAUGCAUUUACACAGUAUAACUUGGACCAGUUUACUCCAGUAAAAAUUGAAGGUUAUGAAGAUCAGGUGUAUGGGAAAAAAAUAGAUGGACAGCAAACUAUUAUUGCAUGCAUAGAAAGCCAUCAGUUCCAAGCAAAAUACUUCUGGAAUGGUCAUUGGAGGUCAAAGUGGAAGUUUGCAAUCACUCCUCUGGUUGGCAUCUUGAAAGUUCAGGUUCAUUAUUAUGAAGAUAGUAAUGUUCAGCUAGUGAGUCAUAAAGAUAUACAAGAUUCCUUAACAGUGUCAUGGAAUUGCUUCCUUUCUUAAUGAUCAACAGCAAAAGUAUUUAUAAAGAUCAUAGGAGCUGCAGAAAAUGAAUACCAGAUCGCCAUCAGUGAGAAUUAUCAGACAAUGUUGGACACUACUUUCAAAGCCUUAUGUCGACAGUUGCCAGUUACAUGCACCAAGAUUGAUUGGAACAAGAUUCUUAGCUACAGGAUUGGCAAAGAGAUGCAGAAUGCAUAA